CUCUUAAAGCUGAUUACAAAAUAUCCUUAAAUGAGUUUAAAAUCUAAAAAAACUUAAAGCAUUUUCUUGCAUGCAUUGAUGAGGGUCAGUUCACAGUAUUUCUGAAACAAAUGUUUUUUUGAGUGCACAGCUAUUGUGUGAGAGGAAGACACUAAAUGAUGCCUUCAGGCACCAAGAAGUCAAGAUCUCAAAGUGCCAAACCUGCCACAAAGAGCAAAAAAAAGCGCUCCUCCAAGAAGAGGUCAGUCAGUGCCAAAUCCACAAAGACAGAUGUGGAUAUUCUGAGUCCAGCUGCCAUGGAGAACAUCUACUACAUCUCCCAUAAUGCAGUGGACUGCUUGGAGUUCAGAGGAUUUGGCUGGCCUGGGGCCACCAAGAAGAAAGGAAAAAAGGGCAAAAAACAAAAAAGCAAAAAAUGAAAUAUAGAUUUGUGCCAAUUAAACCUUCCUAUAGGAAAAAGAUUUGAAUAGAUAAUUUCACUUCUUUAAACUGUCAGUUGUAAUAAAACAGCAGAAUGUUACAUGUAUCUCAGUUGACUAUUUAUUUUUGGAUUAUUUAUCCUAUUUAAAACUCAACCCAAUAAAUGUUGAUUCCUUCAAACUG